AUGGGUUCGUGUGCUUCGGUGCACAAAGGCACGGCGUCGGCCGUGAAGGUCCAGUUUUCGAUCGAGUCGAAGGAUGGGAAGGUUUUGGCCCCGUCGCCGGUCAAAGAGCGGGCAGAUAUGGUCAACGGUGGCGAUCGUACGGCGGUGGAUGUAGCAGUAGCACCCAAGCUUCAGUUGUCGCCGGCUCGAUUUGUUCACGCAGGCAGCAAAGAUGAAGCCUUUUUUGAUUCCCAGCCAUGGUUAGAGUCAGAUUGUGAGGAUGAUUUCUUCAGCGUUAACGGCGAUUUCACCCCUUCUCGUGGAAAUACACCCGUCCACCACAGCUUCUCGUCAGGUAACCCACGAUCAAUCAACAACGCUCGUUCAACCGAACAACAACAAUCCACCGUGGGCCCCACAUCCCCUCCGGACAAGAAGAAGAGGCUCUCCGAGCUCUUCAACGAGUCCCCUGACAAGGAAACUGCAUCAUUACCCAACAGCAGCCACCAAAACGGGCCCCACGAGCCAACGGGCUUGGCACGAAGGCCCAAAUCGUCGAGCGGGACUCCUUACUUCUUCUCCAGGCCCAACUCUAGGACGAGCAGUGAGAGAACCCCCUCCAACUUUGGUGGUCCCACUGAGAAAGAAGAUGACAAGGCGCAGUGUUGUCUCCCGAAGCUGAUUUCGAGCCGUAGCUUUAGUGAGAGGAGGAAGAAAGCCACGAGCCCGGUUGGGAAAAUCGGAUGA